UGCGCGGUACUCUGUAACUUCCUCGCUGGCUGGCUGCUGGGCAGGUGGCGGUUGCUCUUUUGGCAUGCAACUUUGGCCAUGGCUUUUAAUGGCUCUCCCCGCUCCUGGAGAGCUGGCUUGGGAUCCGAAGCAGGGCAGCAGCGGCAGAGAGGCCCACGGGACUUGGCCGUGUAAGACUGCGAGACCAACAAGGCAGCUCGGUUUUGCCAAGCCGGCUUGAGCGGCGCGAAGAGGAGCGCGGCGGCGGCGGCGGCGAGCGGGGAAGGCGAACCUGCCUCGGAGAAGCUGCGGAGCUAUGCCGGGGGGGCGCGGGCGAGGCGCGCUCCAUUGAGCCGGGGGAGAUCGCCGCGAAGGGAUGAACUAGAGACGCCCGCUGCAAAAUUUUCCUGGACUGGGAGUUCGCUUCUCCUCCCCCCCCCCCCCCCGAACUAUCUUUCUCAGGAAAGGGAGCAAGCGUCGCUCAUUCUCUCCGACCCCUCCCCCGCCCCUUAUUGCUUAGUGAGGCAAAAAGCUCCAAUGACCCGACCAGUUUAGCGAGCCAUGAGACCCGACGACAUCAACCCCCGCACCGGACUCGUGGUGGCUUUGGUCAGCGUCUUCCUCGUGUUUGGCUUUAUGUUCACCGUCUCGGGGAUCAAGGGGGAGACCCUCGGCGACAUCCCUCUGCUGGCCAUCGGGCCGGCCAUCUGCCUGCCCGGCAUCGCGGCCAUCGCCCUGACCAGGAAAACCGACGGCUGCACCAAGUGGCCGGAGAGCCGAUGUUGCCCCACGGGCCGCUGCUGCUGCCACAAGAGACCCAAAGACAAAGACGCCCUGGAGCUGCUGCGGACCCCUUCCGACCUGGAAUCGGGCAAGGGUAGCUGCGAUGAACUGGCCAAGGAAGCCUACGCCACCCUCGAGGGGAAAGCCAUGCCGGAGGAGGGAGGAAAGUUAGGGGAGGCCGCCGCCGCCGCCCGGGAGGGCAAGAACUUGCUCAGCAAAGUGAACCAGGAGGAGAUGCUCAGAUACUUGGAAAACUGUUACCCGGAGAUGCCUGGGAAUGUGUUCGUGGCCGAGGGCGGCCCUUACAGUGCUUUGGACAAGCCGGACUCGCCGGUCUUGGAAGGGGCGACCGCCGGCCCUGAUGUGGAGGACAACAUGUUCGUCGCUCCCAAAGACAGCGUCAUCGUCUGCUCCUACAAGGAGGGCAGCCCUUACGACAGGUACUGCUGUUACAUCAACCCCAGCGAGGAAAUCUGUUCGGAUCACGAGACGAUCGUUUGAAAGGACCGCUAGGCGCUUUCUCCCCAGAGAGAGAGAAAGCUAUUUCAUGUGCCCAUGUACUUCUGACAAUAAUGGACGCUCCCAACUUUCGGCUCUGAAAAAAAUAUAUAUCUAUUAAGUAUUGGCUCGUUUUGCACUGCAUGGGACAAUCCUCAGCUCUUAACUUUCAAGCCUGGUAUGUGACUGAAACGCAAACCUUUUGUGCCUGAAAUACUUAAUUCCCCCCUCCCCUUAAGUAAUAAUUAGCAUGUUUAAAGAG